CGUGUUCUGUUGCUGGCUGCGAUUUCUCUUCUUCACCAGACUCUUCAGAAUCAGAUUGUACCAUUGUUGUGCUCUUUAACCUUUAUGUGGAAUAUCGCAUCAACUUCAUCAAUUUAGGUGGUAAGGAAUGGAAAACGGGGCUGUCUACUUUCUUGAUGAGUACGGAAAUUUAGGAAUCUAUAGAGAAGUUGGUAAUGAGGAAGGUGGAGAGAGAAAGGGAGGAGGUACUGCAGGAUAUGGAGAUGGAGAUGAGCCAGGAGAUGAUGAAGAUGGAGAAGAAGCUGAAGCACAUGGAGAUGAGAUAGAAGAUGAAGAUGGAGAAGGGGACAGAGGGGAAGGAGAAGGACAUGGAGAUGGAGAUGAGGCACAAGAUGAACAUGGAGAAGGAGAAGAAGAAGGACAUGGAGAUGAGGCAGGAGAUGGAGAUGAAGAUCAUGAAGUUCUUGAUCAUGUGGUUUUAUGUCCCUGUGAGUCCUUUCACCAAAAGUUUUUAUUGGAAUGCGAUGGCAAGCUUGUCUCAAUUUUUGUGGGGUUCUUAGGAGAAUGGGUUGAAAUUUUCAGUUUGGAUGAAAAUGACAAGGUUUGGGUUGAAGUUGAGGACUUUGGAAAUCGUACAAUUUUCAUUAGCCGCUUCUCAGCCUUCUCCAUGGUAGCACCUCCAGGAUUGCAAAACAGAAUUUAUUUUCCAAGAUUCUAUGGCAAGAACAGAGUUGUUUACUAUUCUCUUGAAUCAAUGCAGCUUCAUGCUCAUGGUAUGGAUGAGGUCUUGGAGGAUUUUUACGACACAACAGAACAGUUGUUAUGUGGUUGGAUAACACCCCACUUUUUAUUUAUUGAUUGAAAUGUUGGGUCAGUACUUAAAUUAACAUUUUGUCCUUUGGUUUUUUGUUUAAUAAGAUCGUUUCAUAUUAAUUAAUCAGUUGGUUUGGUUUGGUUUCCUUCUUAAAUCUCCUCAGUGUUAGCCACUUAGCCUAGACUCAAACUCUA